AUGCUGGCUGUCGACCUUGGUUUGUUGCUCCUCUCGCUCUACCUGUCACCCGUCCUUUUCUCCUGUGUUUACCGGAGUUUUGGCCCUCCCCCAGCCACUGAUAGGCUGCAGCAGUCCUGUUGUCUCUCUCAGUGGUUGUUGUCACUGUCCAUCAAGCGCAGCUACGCAGACACUGCAAAGAAUAAAAAACACUUCUGCCUUAUUACACUCACACUGGACACAAACACAGUAAACAGAAACCUCAAACUGUCUGACAACAACAGGAAGGUGACAGAUGUGAGAGAGGAUCAGUCAUAUCCUGAUCAUCCAGACAGAUUUGACAAUUUGCUACAGCUGCUGUGUAGUAAUGGUCUGACUGGUCGCUGUUACUGGGAGGUCGAGUGGAGAGGAAGAGUUAAUCUAUCAGUGAGUUACAGAGGAAUCCACAGGAAAGGAAAGGAUGAUGACUGUGAGUUUGGAUGUAACGAUCAGUCCUGGAGACUGACGUGCUCUGAUGCUCAGGGUUACUCUGUCCAUCACAAUAAGAGAGAAACAUCCAUCUCCUCCUCCUCCUCCUCCUCCUCCUCCUCCUCCGUCUCUAACAGAGUAGCAGUGUAUGUGGACUGUCCUGCUGGCACUCUGUCCUUCUACAGAGUCUCCUCUGACACACUGAUCCACCUCCACACCUUCAACACCACAUUCACUGAACCUCUGUAUGCUGGGUUUAUGUUCCAGUCUUAUGGUUCCUCCGUGUCUCUGUGUCCUCUGUCUGAGUGA